AUGUGGGCGCGCGCCUUGCGCUGCUUGUGGGGAAGGCGGGUCCCGCCCAUGCUGGCCUGGGGAGCGGGCCGGAGCGUCCUGCGCCGAGCCUUCGCCCUCCCUGCUCCCACUUCGGAUUUCCGGAGCGAGUACAGCCUCGACAAACUCUACCCGCCGCAAGCAACAGGCAGCGGCCACGACGACGCGGAUUCAACAAAAAAGAGUGUUCCUGAUAUUCCUGUAGAUCGCUUAUCUGUAUCUUAUUGCCGAAGUAGUGGCCCAGGAGGCCAAAAUGUUAACAAAGUGAAUACAAAAGCAGAGGUCCGAUUCCAUUUGGCAUCUGCAGACUGGAUUGCAGAAGAUGUGCGACAGAAAAUGGCAGUUAUGCACAAGAAUAAGAUCAGCAAGUCUGGAGAGUUGAUCAUUACCUCUGAAGUGAGUCGCUAUCAGAUGAAGAAUUUGGCAGAUUGCUUGCAAAAAAUCAGAGACCUGAUUUCUGAAGCCACUGAGAAGCCUCACGCUCCAACCAAAAUGAAUGCGCAGAUGAUCAGAAACAGGGUAGAAAAUAUGAACCGUGAACGUCUCCGACAAAAAAAAAUCCACUCUACUUUAAAGCAGAGCAGGCGUGUGGACUUUGACUGAAUGGAUUUGGAAAAGAGAUGCCGGCUCACUUUCCUCUGUUUCUUGAAGAA